AUGGUGAGUUUUUUUUAAAUUAAAUUUUAGAACAUCGGGGGUAAAUGUGCUCUACCGAUAAUUUAGGUGCAAUGGAGCGCGCUUGAGUUUCGCGCGCUAGACGUUGAUCAAUCUUUAGUUUAGUUCCUUAUCUUGAAUAGUGCAUUUUUCACUUUUGAAAAAAGAGAAGAUAUUUAUGAUGGAUGAGUUGUCAAAUUGAUCAAUGUUCCUUUAAAAUUUAAUAGAUCAAUAGAAAAUUUCACAUACUUUAUAUUUUAGAAUAAUUCCCUUUUUUAUGAUAUGCAUGGGAAAAACAAAAAAGCUAUUCAAAAUAUUUUUUUCUAGAAUAGAUGAAAAACAUGUUUUUUUUUUGCAUUUUCUGACUCUUUUUCUCUGUCAAAAAGAAGGAAAGGAGAGAAAAAUGUCACAUAUAAAAAUAAAAAUCGAAGGUUGGGAAAGAGACGCGUUCGUGGUGUAAUGGUCAGCAUGGAUGCCUUCCAAGCAUUCGACGGGGGUUCGAUUCCCCCCGAACGCAGAUAUCUUUUUUUUUUAAAGGGAAACAAAUUCUGGAACUUUUCAUGAUUUUUAGUUUUAGAGAUGUUAUCUCAAUAAUUUAGAAAAUUGGUAAAAUUUGCAAUCAAAUCCACAAAAAUUAGUUUCUGAAAAACUUCUAAUAUUAAAAAAAUAUCUUCAGAGCCACACUGGUGAUGCCAAUCUCCCCGUUCCUUAUUAUUCCCGUUUGGGACAACCAUUGGAAGCCGGUCAAACUUUGAACAUUCACGGCAAGAUCAAUGAUGGCGCUCAAGGUGCCGAAAUCAAUUUGUUGCGCGGUGGAAACGAGAUCACUCCCGAAACAUCGGUCAUUCUUCAUUUGAAAUUCAAUUUCAAGGACAAGAAAGUGGUUUUGAACAGCUACGAAAACUCAACUUGGGGAAAAGAAGUUCGCGAAUCGAUUCCAUUCCACGCUGGAGAAGACUAUGAUUUGAGAAUUCGUGUUCUUGACGAGGCUUUGGAGAUUAGUGCAAAUGGAAAGAAGAUUGUCGAUUUUGCUCAUCGUAUUCCAUUCAAUACUAUCGAAAAUUUGGCUGUCAAAGGUGCGCGAAAUUUAAAAAAAUGAGGAAAAUCUAGAAAAAUUCUAAUUUUCACUUUUUCCCCUAAAAAUCUCUAAAUUUUUAGGAGAUUUGUCGAUUUCUGGUCUUCACUGGGGUGGUCGCUUCUACAAAUUGCCAUGGGAAACUGGAUUCCCAGGUGGACAUCUUCAAAAUGGCCAAAAAAUCAAUAUCUACGCAAUUCCACGUGGCGAUCGUUUCUCGUUUGAUUUGAUUGCCAGAAAUCAAGAUAUUUUGUUCCAUUUCAAUCCAAGAAUUAAGGAGAAAGUUGUGAGUUUUUUGUGAAAGAACUGUAACAUUUUCACCAGCUUUCUUUUGGAAAUUUCUAAAACUCACGGUAAACUUGAAUAUUCGUUCAAAAUUUUCGUAAAAUUUGAAAAAUUCAGGAAUUCUGUAAGAAUUUGAUUUUUUUUAAUUUUGAAAAAAAUUUCCGAACCUCAACAUGAUUUCUAAAAUGAGUCACGUUUAAAACUUAUUUUUGAAUGUCUACAAAAUCAAAACCCACCUCACAUAAUCAUCUCUCAAAUAUAUUUUCCAUUCCUCAGAUCGUUCGCAACUCUCACCGCAACGGUUUCUGGGACAAAGAAGAACGCGAAGGUGCUUCAAAUCUCCAAAAAGAUGUCGGUUUCGAUCUUUCAAUCAUCAAUGAAGAAUAUUCGAUUCAAAUCUUCAUCAAUGGCGAACGUUUCGGAACAUUCCAACAUCGCGCUCAAAAUCCAAUCGGCGAUUAUAUUGGAAUGAGAAUUGAUGGAGAGGUUGAGGUAACUUCAAUCGAUUAUUCCGCAUAA